AUGGAGGUUACGUCUGUUAUUCUGUGUCUUUUUGCUGGUUUGCUUUUCUUGAGUUUUUCUUUGACGUGUGAUUGGGACGAUGAUUGCGGGCAAUGGUGCUGUAAAUACACAGAAACUGGAAAAAAGCUAGAAAUGGGGCUUUGUGUUUCGCGAAUUUGUGGUGCUGGUGUUUGUCGCACCCAAGCCGAUUGUUUACCAGAAAAGAGAUGCGAUACUUCUAGCAGCUAUGAAUUUCGCUGUACGACAGUGUGCUUUCAGUAAUGAUCAUUGUCAACAGAUGUAUGGUUCUCAUAGCGGAUACAUUUGCACUUACAAUGAAGACAUGGAUCAAAACCAUUGCAUCAAGUGGCCUCCAACAGAGGACAGUGGAGACAAUGUCGGAGACAGUGGAGACAAUGUCGGAGACGUGGAUUCUGGUGCCGUUAAGUACAUUUUGAUUACACUUGCAGUGAUAGCUUUCUGUUUGAUUUGUGCAUGCCUACGACGACGAAGCAUGGGACAGAAUGUUCGUAGGGAAACGGCUACACAGCCCAGCAAUGCUCUUUCAACUGGGACGACUAAUGCACAGGAAAGAAGGAAUAUUGAAAGACCGGUUGAAAGACCUGCAACAUUACAAAUAACCCCAAAUCAGACACAGAUCGAACACUCAACCAGUCUACCACUUGAUGCUAUUGCCAAGAGUGGGCCCCCUUCAUAUAUGGAGGUUGGAGACAUUCCAGAAUCCCCUCCACCAACUUAUGAACAAGCUACAAAAGCUUGA